CGGGGCCUGGUGCGGGGAUCGCGGGCGCGCGGAGAGCGACGCGGCCGCUGCGUCUGAGGUGGAGGGCCGCGGUGUUCGCAGCGCCGAGGAUGUGCGGGCGGACGUCCUGCCACCUGUCCAAGGAGGUCCUCUCCCGGGCCUGCGCCUACCGGGACCGGCAGGGCCAGCGGCGGCUCCCAGAGUGGAGGGACCCGGACCGGUACUGCCCGUCGUACAACAAGAGCCCGCAGUCCAGCAGCCCGGUGCUCCUGUCCCGGCUGCACGUGGAGAAGGGCGCAGACUCAUCUGAGCGUGUCAUUGCUCCCAUGCGGUGGGGCCUGGUUCCAUCUUGGUUUAAAGAAGCUGAUCCUUCCAAGCUGCAGUUCAACACUAGUAACUGUCGUAGUGAUACCAUAAUGGAGAAACGGUCCUUUAAGGUGCCUCUGGGAAAGGGAAGGCGCUGUGUUGUUUUAGCAGAUGGUUUCUAUGAGUGGCAGCGAUGUCAGAGAACAAACAAGACGCAGCCCUACUUCAUCUACUUCCCCCAAAUCAAAACAGAAAAGUCAGAGAGCAUGGGUGCUGCAGAUGGCCCGGAGGACUGGGAGAAAGUCUGGGACAACUGGAGGCCGCUGACAAUGGCCGGGCUCUUUGACUGCUGGGAGCCCCCGGAGGGAGGAGACUGCCUGUAUUCUUACACCAUCAUCACAGUGGAUUCCUGCAAAGGCUUGAGUGACAUCCACCACCGGAUGCCUGCCAUAUUAGAUGGAGAGGAGGCAGUCUCUAAGUGGCUGGACUUUGGGGACGUCUCAGCUCAAGAAGCUCUGAAGUUAAUUCACCCCACAGAGAACAUCACCUUCCAUCCAGUCUCUUCCGUGGUGAACAACUCCCGAAACAACACUCCUGAGUGUCUGCUUCCUGUCGACUCGCUGGUCAAAAAGGAGCUCAAGGCAAGUGGCAGCGGCCAGAAGAUGUUGCAAUGGCUGGCCACAAAGUCCCCCAAAAAGGAAGACACCGAAACACCCCAAAAGGCAGAGUCAGAUGUGCCCCAGUGGUCCAGCCAGUUCUUGAGGAAGAGCCGGAUCUCCCCCAGGAGAGGCGGCGCUGACCUCCUGGCGCGCUGGCUGAAGCGGGAGAAGGAGGAGGAGCCUGUGGCCAAGCGGCCUCACACCCAGUAGCGCAGGACUUACAGAGGCCAAGGCCAAGGUGUGCUGCGCUGAAUACCAAGGUGAUGACAGGUUGGGGGGGUGUUGCUUGGAGGAGGUAGCAGUGUUAACAGUGGUGGCUUCUUGGGGGAGUGGCUGUCUUGACUGUGACCGGGAACCCCUAGUGGGGUGGGUGGGCAGCCGGGGAAAAGGGAGAGGUACCACCAUCAACUCAUGAUGGGGGGCAGGGGGACCUUGUGCCCACAGCUGUCUCCUGGUAGCCCGGGGACCUUCCCUCAGAGUCUGACCCUGCCGGCAGUUCUCCGCGUGACCUGGUACUGCUUAGCAGAGGCUGUUUUCUGUUUAGCCUUCGGGCUCUUUCAGUGCUUUGGAAUUAAGUUCUUAAAACAUUGUAUAAGUUCUUAAAACAUUGUAUUUUUUUCUGAAUAAAGUGUUUGAUAAACUGUU